ACCAACCCAGGGUGCCAUCCUGGUCCCUUGCCUCUCAAAUGGUGUACUUUUUUCUUGCGCUCUGGCAUCUUCCGCCUGCAUUUCUGCUUCUGGAAAAAAGACGCUGGGAAGACUCUGCCCGUGGCCACCUAAGCACUCUCUUGCUGCAUUCAACUCAUUGUCUGUUUUCCACAGGCAUCAGCAGUGUUAGAGUCACGUGUAUGAAGAAUACAGAAGUUAUGUAGUGCUCCAGAGCCUCCAAAAGUUAGAUGUUGGUGAAGCAUUUGACCCUGAGCAACUCUGGUUGGGGGCCCUGGGAAAGCAAAUAGCCCUGAGCACCUCUGGUGGGGGCCAUAGGAAGCAGAUACUUGAAACAACUUGUCGGUCAAGCUUGGUCAGCCUCUAGGAAAGCAGGUUCUUAGGGCUUUUUUCGGGGAGGGGGGGACACAAAUUGCUUCUGCUUCUAAAUCAGUAUCUAAUCUUAUUAAAUCUAUCCAUUGCAUUUAUAUAUUGCCUUUCUGCCAGGGCACCGAAGAUGCAGUGGUUGCUGGUGCCUUUGAGACACUGUAGGGCAGUGAUGAUCUAUAGCAUAAAGUUGGCCUGUGUAUGUGGAGGUGGUGGAGGAGCAGUCCAACUGGAGAAGGUCCCGAUUCUCUUUGCCUGCCUGCCUCCCUCCCUCUCUCCCUUGGCUGUCAUCUACAGAAGCCUAAGUUCUAGUCUAGCCAGCCAGAUGCCUUUGUCCCCCAGUAUUUGGGGGUAUCUGACCUUUCUUUCGGGGUGUUUUAUUUAGGGCCUGUGUUGAUAUUCCCACUCUUGAGGGAACUAUAGUACAGUAAUAACCCAUGGGAUAAAUUCUCUGCUCUCUGAAUUUGCACCUGCCUGGCUUUGUAACCACAGAUUAAUGGAUUAAUGUAGAAAAACAUCCAUCUUAAAUGCAGUCAGUAUUUCAGGCUUGGUGGUCUAAGAUACAAGCUUUGAUGUACAAAGUCAAUGUGUAUAGUAUUAUGCAGGGUGUUUUUUAAAUAUAUAUAAACUGUGCCUCUGAAAUAUUAUUUAAUAUUUAUUUAAUAUGUAGAAAUCAGUUUUAAAGAAUCCAGUGCAUAUCAAGCAGAUGCAGACACUCAGAGUAGGCCCAUUAAAAUGAAUGGACCCAAGUGAGCUUUGUGUGGGUCAACUCUUAAGAGGACCUUCUUUGGAUGCAACACAAUGUCUCUUCAGGUACAAAAGUUGCCCAUGGCCAUUUCAGGGGACAUGUCAGCUAUUGCUGGCUGUGUGGCCAGUCACAACUGCGACUGUGUUACUUCUUGCUAACUUGGUAACUGUGCCUCCUUGGUGCUGGGGAAUCUCUCUCAUACCCCAACAUUACGGUAUAAUUAUAUAUAUAUUUAUUUGUUCCCUGCCUUUCCCCUCACAUUUAAGGAUUGUUUGAAGGGAGAAACACUUAGCAUAUUUCCCUUGUGGAGGGAUCAAAAACUUUAAAAAACAACAACAGUGUCAUAAUUGGGGCAUAACAGUUGAUCCAAUUGGGGCACUUUAAAAAAGUGUUUUAAAUAGCAUGUCAUGGCUGUACAUAAUCUUAAUAAUGUUAUGUUUUACGUAUCCAAUAUCAUAUUUGAAAUAUGUUAAGACUUAAUUCAGAAAUUGGGAGUGCAAAUAAGAAUGCGUCUUUUGUUCAGCAUCUUUUGAGGUUUAUCUUCUUGUGUUUUGGUUGGAGAUUGCGGUUGCUUUCCCCCUCCCCACCCUCUGCUGACUUUUUCAUAACAACUUCAUCAUAGGUGGGUGUACCUGGAAGUCAGUAUGGGCAGGUAGACAGUUUAAAACACAGACUUGCUUUGCACAACUGCACAGAUGAAUUGCAUAAGAACGAACUGCCAAAGAAGAACCAUUCUUCUCCCAGAUGGUCUCUUAUAAGUUGCUGUGCUGUAUUUCUGCAAAUGGAAUGGCUGGGAGCUUAGCUACCCUACUCCAUGAUGGUGUUAUGAAUCCAGCUGAAGUGGUGAAGCAGCGCAUGCAGAUGUACAAUUCUCCGUACAAGACCGUCCUGGAGUGCAUCCGGACGGUGCAUAGGACGGAAGGGAUGGGUGCCUUCUACCGGAGCUACAGCACCCAGCUCACCAUGAACAUCCCCUUCCAAGCCAUUCACUUCAUCACCUAUGAGUUCAUGCAGGAGCAGUUCAACCCCCGCCGGCAGUACAAUCCCAGCACGCACAUCCUCUCGGGGGCUGUGGCUGGGGCUGUGGCGGCUGCCGCCACGACUCCCCUGGACGUCUGCAAGACUCUUCUCAACACGCAAGAGAACGUGGUGUUGAGCUCUGUGAACGUUAGCGGACAUCUCUCCGGAAUGGCCAAUGCCUUUAGGACAGUGUACCAGCUGGGGGGCGUCGCUGGGUAUUUUAAGGGGGUCCAGGCAAGGGUGAUCUACCAGAUGCCUUCAACUGCCAUUUCCUGGUCUGUGUAUGAAUUCUUCAAAUAUGCACUUACAAAGCGUGAACUGGAGAAAGGGACGCCGUGCUGACACCCCCCUGGUGCUGCAGCUGCAACCCAAAACCUCUGAGAUGGCAGAGUCCCUUUGUGGGGGGGCUGGAAUUCUCCAGGGCUCUUUAUGUGACUGUAAAGGUUUCUGGUAGAGUCACCCCUGGGGUCUGCUGUGUGUGUGUGUGUGUGUGUGUGUGUGUGUGUUUUCUUAGAUGAUAGAGAAAUUGAUUAUGUACCUCCCCCCCCUGCUUUUGUUAAACCAUAUUGUGCAAGGGAUUGUUUGGCUUGAACAAGUAUUUAUAGUUUUAUUUAGAGUUUAUAACACUGACCAGUUUGUACAGGGUUCUGCAAGGCCUACUUGUUUCUGCCCUGAAACGCUUUUGAGGGCUGCCCCUGAGGGGCAAGGGGCAAAGAGAGUACUUGUGGAUUGGACUUUCCCCUCUUUGAAAAUAUAAAAGAUUGAGCCUUUUAGCUGAACAAAGUUUUAUAUAGAGAAAUUAUGUGAUAUAAAUUGAUGGAUAAUGUUUAUCCUUUUAUUUUUCUAUAGCAGUGAGUUGGGUGGCUUUUAAGAGUUUAACAGCUGAACAAGAGUUCUUUUUGUGUGCGUGUCAGAAGAGGCUUCUGCACUAUUUUGAAAAAUUGUGAAUAGCAUUUACCCCCCCCCCCCUUAAACCAGAAUGGCUUUAAUCAUUGCUUCUUGUCCAGUGUCAUAGUUGUAAAGAAUUCUCAAUCCUUAAGCAGCUCCUUAAAUUCUCCUGAAACUGGAUACUCAAAGAGGCAUAGAACUUUGAAAUCUUAAGAAACUGCCUUAUGCGAGUCAUUUCCCUUUCAAUGUAUUGGGAAUGGUAGGCACUUCUGGAAACUUCAACCAGUUUUGACCAAUACCGAGUAGAAGACCAAGAGUACAUAGUUUUGCAUAAAACUCCAUUUUAGCAAACCCUUAAAUGCCUCUGACGGUACUUUAAAACCAAAUUGCAUCUCAGUUUCUGAACAGGUGUUGUGUGACUUUCCCCCACUAAGACCCCUGUGCCUGACUUGCACAAAUGUCCAAGACCUUUUGCAGUUGUGUGUGUGUGUGUUUUGCAAAUUUCACUCCUGCAAGUGUGCUGAGGGGUGGGGCAUCAGUUUACAUUUCCUUAGGAAAACUCGCCUUGAAUCACUUCUUAGUUUUUGUUUUUUAAAAAAGGAAAAGGCAAAAAAGACUGACAAGAGAAGGCAGCUCUUUGUUGUGGUACAGUUAUAAUGCCUCUGAACCAAAAGGCCUUUGCAGAGGCGGAGACAAACUUCACUCCCCCCCCCCUCCAAAGAGAGCGGCAAUGUUGCUCUUGGCCCUCUGGCCUGUGCAAAUGAAGGUAUGUAGAGUUAGUUCUAGCACUUGUGAUAGCUUUGUGUCUGCUUUUUUAUGAACAUGUACAACUUUUGUGCUGCCCCAGAAACGUUUUGUCCAUACAAAGAGUACAGUUUACAGUGGUGCCUCUAGUUAUGAACAUAAUUCAUUCCGGAGGUCCGUUCUUAACCCGAAACUGUUCUUAACUAGAGGCGUGCUUUCGCUAAUGGGACCUCUUGCUGCCGCUGCGCAGCUGGCACACAAUUUCCGUUCUCACCCUGGGGCAAAGUUCUCAACUCAAAGUAACUCUUCCAGGUUAGCGGAGCUUGUAACCUGAAGUGUUUGUAACCUGAGGCGUUUCUAACUCGAGGUUCCACUGUAUUUAUAUUUUAUAUAGAGAGUUAGCAAAUCAGGAUUGCAACUGGAUGGUCCUGUUUGUUUGUGCUACACAUCCCUGUUUGUGGAAAAUGUACAAUUCUAAAGGAAGAUACUGUAUUGGCCCAAAUAUAAGCCACUCUCUCCCCCCCCCAAUUCCAACUAUGAAAAGUUAAAGUGCAGCUUAAAUUCGUGACCUUACAAAAAUAGGCUUUUACGAAAUUGCUGCUGAAACAGCUGUGCUAGGUCCGUGGCCCUGCCUUGCCUUCCAAGGCCGGAAUGGAGAAUGCCCCCCCCCCCCGCCGGAUGCCACCACGAGGGCUGUCGGGGGGGGCGGUGAGACAAUGGUACCCAUCCCGACUGCAGCUCCCACACCUCCCCCAACCCAUCAGGGGGAAGGGGGGGAGGCCGCCGGCAAAGCAGCACGGCUCCCCCCCCCCAGGAAGCAGCCCGGGAGCGCGGGGGAAUGGUACUCGUAGGACUUUCUUCCACAUUUGCCAAUUAUGGGUGUGAAUGCCUGCAGAAUUUUAAAGGAGCGGCUUAUAUUCAGGUAUUGUCUUUUCUUCUUUCCCCCCUUUGAAUUUUAAAGGUAUGGCUUACUUGCAGGUGCGGCUUUUAUUCAGGUCAAUACAGUACUUAAAAAGAAAUUCUGUUUGGAUUUAACUGAACAAUAUCUAAGAAAUACCGGUAAUUGUAACGGGCUGUCUCUUCCAAAGUGCCUGGAUCUGUACACUUUAUAAAUAAUAGUUACUUAUAAAUAGCAGCUAUUUCAUAGUAAUCUUAAUGCACUUGGUGGACUGGCUGCAGAUCAGCCUGUUGGGAAUGGAAGUUCCAUAGACCUGGAGGGCGGCAUGUUGACGAAGGCUGCUCCAAGUGUUGCUUUUGUGCUUGAAAGUGCCAAAGCUCAACCUGAUCACUUUAUAAUGAUAAUAAUGAUAAUAAUAAUUUAUUAUUUAUACCCCGCCCAUCUGGCUGGGUUUCCCCAGCCACUCUGGGCGGCUUCCAACCGAAUAUUAAAAGCAGUACAGCAUCAUUUAAUUAUAAAUACUAAUGCACAACUGCUUCAGAUGAUUCCAGACGUCUGCUUCCUCAGCAGCGAGAAGUGAAACAAAAAUACCUCAGAGGUUCCUUUUCUUUCUUUGCUUAGAGCUGCUGCUGCUCAUUUGCAUGUUGGCUGCUACCUUUCGCCGCCACCCCAAAUGUUUCUAAUCAGUGCUUUUUUGUAAAGGGGGGGGGCGGAGUGUAGGAAAGACCCACAAGGUGCCGGUACUCAUAUCUUUAAAAAGAGCCUUGAGUUUCAGUACAAAAUGGCUGCCAUUGUCAGGAAAAAAGGUACUCCAUACUGGUCAAUACUGUCACAAAAAGCACUGUUUAUAAUAUAUUUGUGGCAGAACUACAGGGUGUGUAUGAUAUAUGGGGCUGGUUCUUGAAAGAGCACCCCAUGUAAAUUUUCCUCACCUCAUCCUGACAUGGUAAGUAGGGUCACCUCUACCAUGUUGCACUUGUAUGUCCACACAGCCCAGGCGCCUGAUCUCACCACUUGGGGGAAGUGUUCCUACUGGGAUGGGCAAUUGGGGAGUAACUGACACAAGUGUUGUCUUCAGGGUUGGGCAUAACAUGGAGGUCUGCCCUAGAACUUGCCAUGAUCACUUGCCAAAGCACUACAUCUGGAAUUGCCCUUUACUUGACAGGGAUAAUCAUCUGCAUUCUGAAGGUGUCCUAAGGUCUGCCUGUGGAGGGAUAACCAAUCUGAAAAUGGCGUCCUGUCUCAUUUGAUGGUUAUAUCAGACAAAUUUUGAUCUCCCCUCCCCCUGCUGUGGCAUUUAUUUUGAUUUAGGUGGGUUUCUCUCUUCUCUCUCUCUCUCUCUCUGUGUGUGUGUGUGUGUGUUCCCAAGCAAAAAGAGGAUUCUUUUCCUGGUGGUCAAAGAUUGAUUGAAAGAGGUGCACAGUUGAAUUUGUAAAACACCUCUUGAAUCACUACUUAAGCAUUUUCAAAAUCAUGUGUCUGUUGGUUCUCGGCUUUCUUAGCAUAUACGUUUGGAGCAGAAGGAGGUUUUGGGUAGUAUUCCUCUGCAUCCUACUCAGAGUAGACCCAUUGAAAUUAAUGAACCUAAGCUAAACAUAUCCAUUAACUACAAUGCUUCUAUGCCGAAUUUGUUGUCAAGCUUGCACUAAGUUUUAAAACCAGUCUGAUAAUACUUCUCACUGAAUGAUUUCCAGGAAGCUGAAGGAUUUCUUUUAAGGUACCACUCAAUACCUUCAGUCAAAUGUUCUUCUGCAGUAUUCUUGCAUGCUGAUUUCCAUUGCCCUUCUGAAUACAGACACUGAUAACUUGGAUAUAAAUGCAGACAGCAGUCCCAACAUACAUUUAGUAACUUGGUCCUUGAGUAACUUCCUAUUUUGGGGGAAUAAUCUUUGCUGUUACCUUUUUGGAGAUGUAUGAGAGCUAGAGGCACAUUGGCUAAAAGCAGGGUUAGUGCAUUACUUGACUGGGAAAACAGAAUUAUUAUAGCAGCUACUGUUGGAAGACGAAUGUGUGUGCAUCAUGGCUAGUUGCCUGUUUGUUCAACUGAAAAUGGACAUUAGAUUGCAAAAUCAAUAGGAUUAUUUUUCAUUCUCUUAACAGUGUGUAUGUAGCAUUUGCAGCCUUUGGAAUGUAGAGGGGAAAGACAUUCUGGAGUGUCAUAAAAACCAGAGGAUAGUUUAGCAAUAACCUUGGUCUUGAGGACUGAAAUUUAAAAUUGAUUUCUAUACCUGUCCCAGCAUGUCAGGCAGAAGACUAGGCUAGGUUCCCGUAGAGUCUAGAUUUCUAUGCCAAUAGAAUUUUUGUACGGAUGUUGGACUCCCACGCCUGUUAAGCCUACCAGUGCCCAGUCUAGUUGGGAAUGAUGGGAGUUGUAGUGCAACAACAUCUGGAGGUUCCACCACACCUGAUAUAUAAUGUAAACCUCCAUCUUACAUUCUGAAGGGCUACAGCCCAGAUAUACGUUCAGCAGAAUGCACAGGACUAAGGCAAGGAUUCAUGGCCAAUUGUUUCCACCUUUGAAUAGCAGGGAUGCACCCUCACUUGGCCUGCUCAAUGCCUUACUACUAACUGCUUUUCAAAACCCCUCCUUUUCAGAUGUUUGUUGGAUGUGUAUGUUUGGACAGGGCUUGCUCUUCAAUGAGAAGCCCAAAUCUGCCUCGGAUGAACUGUGCACAGAACUAGUGACAUAGUUUUUUUGGAACUGGACCCAACUUUGCUUUUGCCCAAGCAAAUAACCACAAGUGGAUAACCACAAGUCUUCCACUACAGGAACAUGCUACAAGGGUCUGUAGCAUGUUGGUUGUGCCAUAUGCCUGCUUAAUCACUGCACAUUUUAAAUUUUGUUAUGCACAAAACCCUCUAUCACAAGAAAGUGUGAAGCAAUCUUCCAGUCGAGUUGGAAAAUAGGCCUCUGGGAAAAGCAGUUUGGAAUCAGCUCACGCAUUGACUAAUGGUGUGGCUGAAAAUGAAGCAGCACAAGCUAGCCAAUCAGGGAUCCAGUUCACAGCAGCAUCUCUGCUUGAUAAUGUUGCAGAAUGCAUGCAUGAGAAGACAGAAGUUGCUGUGGGGUGGAGAUCUGUAGCCGUGUCCCUUAUGCUGCUGCCGUUAAUACAUGCCUGUGACCUUAAGGACAGUUGCAGUCUAAAAUCAACCAAAUAUAACUGACCCAGCCCAAAGCUGUGCUGGCUAGUAUUUUUUAUUCUAUUGGGAAUACGAUUCAAAAUACAAAAGAGGCAUGGGGGCGGGGCUUGCUGGACCACCCUCCUGCUGGCUAUGUUCCAGCCCUACAUGUGCACACCAGCAGUCUGGCUCCUGAGAUCAUUUUCCCUAGCCAGAUUGUAGUUCUGUAAGUGAGCUUGGCUGAAGGUGUGUGUGUUUUAGGGGUAGAAUGGGGAGGCCAGGGUUCAGGAGCCUCGCCAUAGUGUUUUCUGCUUUAAACCUCACCAGUUGGGGACAGGCUUACAUUUAAAGACUGGUCUCCCUUGAUGCCUAUUUGAUUUGAUUUCCCUGCAAUCUAGAUCAGAGGCUAGGAUGUCACCAUGAACUAGGCUGGCUUCUCAGAAGCUGAUCUGUGAAGGAUCCGGGGGAGCUUCUGACAGCCGUCAGUGGGAUGUUCUCUGAGUGCAUUCUUUGUUCUUUAAAAAAAAAAAAAAAAAUCUGAAUACUCAUUAAUGCUUCAGUGGCUGGGGCUGGAGCUCACCUUCUAAAGCAGGGUAGGAAAUUGUUCUCCAGGGAUUACAGAGGAUACCUGCCAUCAUUCCUCACCAUUGGUAAUGUUGGCUGAGGCUGAUGGGAAUGGGGAGCCCGAUGACAUCUGGGGGGCUACUCACUCCCCACCUCUGCUCUGAAGCCAUCUUACGCUAUGCCAUGUCUUGGCUUACAGUUCUCUACUAAGAAAUUAAAAUAUUCUAGUUUUUUUUAAAGGUCUUUAAGAAACAAAGCAGACAAGUGCACACAUUGCUGCUUUGCAUGCUAUAAACGCACAUUUUUUUUAAAAAAGGUGGAUUUUUUAAAAAAUUGAUAUUUUGUUCUUCUAAACUUGCAUUUUUAUGUAUUUACCAAUGUCUACUUUUUAAAAGAAUGUUUCUACAUAUAUGUAUAUAUUUAACAGAGGAGAAAGUUGUUUUUCUGAGAAAUGCUGCUACAGUUAAAACACUGGAGCUUAAAAUAAAAAUAUUUGAUCUGA